AUGGGUUACCAUUGUAUGAAAGAGGGCAUUGCAACAGGAAAAACAUAGAACACAAGGAAGCAAUUCUUUCCUGCUGUUUCCACUUUGCACGAAUUUUUAACACCUUUGUUGGAGACCAAAUGUCUGCUGUGACUUCAGUCAGAAUUCCUCCUGGGCGCUUUGCUGAAGUAUUUGUAGUUUUCUGUUGCAGUUUGCUGCUUACACACCAGUUUAGCUAACAAAAAUAAAAUACAAUAAAACAAUAAAUCAAAUGCUAUCAUCUUGUGUUUCACCUGCUGAAUUUCAGAAAGUGAGAUCUCCAUGGUGUCUGUAGAAAGAAAAGGCUUUCCCUCUGGCACUAUGCUCUUUCAGACUGUCCCCACUUUUUGGCAGAUUCCUGCUAGACUUUGUGUUCUUCAGUUUUUGAGUAAUAUUUGGAAAGACAGUAAAAAAAAAAAAAGAAAAAAAAAUGCUGCUUGUUUCCUGCGAGUCUAUUGCAGAGCUCUGCCUUUCUGGAGAACGGCAAUUUCUGAAGCGUUCAUUUUGCAUGUGAUGAGUUUGGCCAGCCCAGGUCAGUCUCCUCUUUCAGGCCUGGGUGCUGCCAGCCAAUGCAGCCGAUGUCACUCAGCACUGGGUUUAUUACCCCCAAGGCUGAGCUUGCCCUCACCCAGGCUGCAAGGCAGCAUCAUCCCACUGCUGGGAUGCUCUGCGAGAGGAUCCAUUUCUCCUGACCUUCUCACCCUGCUGGCCCUUGGAAGGGAGAAGGAGGUAUUUUGCUGUGGGUGCGCCCGAAGGGCUGGCUUUGGGAGCACAGAUCCUGGCAGAGGCGAUUAGGUGGAGCAGGUUUUCCUGCAAUUGUAGGGGAGAUUUUCCUGUUGUGUUUCGGCUGUGACUGUCUCGCAGUUGCAGACGCAGUCCAUGCUGCCACAGGAUUACUGGGACAGUGGUGGCUGCUACCGCCUGUCCCAGCUGGGCUGCUGGUUCUUUCUGAGAGGUUCAGCAUAAUCCUUGUCUCUGCAGCAAUGUUUCAGCCAGAAGAUGUAGGGCGGGAUCCAGCGAUAGCUGUUCAGCUUCCCUGGAUUUCGCUGACGCCACAGGAAAGCUUUGCCUGAAGAUGGAAACACUGGAGUCGGAACUGACCUGCCCUAUCUGUCUGGAGCUGUUUGAAGACCCGCUGCUGCUGCCUUGCGCUCACAGCCUCUGCUUCAACUGCGCACACCGCAUCCUGGUCUCCCACUGCGCCACCAACGAGCCGGUGGAGUCAAUCACCGCCUUCCAGUGCCCGACGUGCCGCUAUGUCAUCACCCUCAGCCAGCGCGGUCUAGACGGGCUCAAGCGCAACGUCACCCUGCAGAACAUCAUUGACAGAUUUCAGAAAGCCUCGGUCAGCGGGCCCAAUUCCCCCAGCGAGACCCGCCGGGAGCGGGCAUUUGAUAGCAACAGCAUGUCGUCCUGUGAGAAGGUCCUCUGCCAGUUCUGCGACCAGGACCCUGCCCAGGAGGCCGUGAAAACCUGUGUUACCUGCGAGGUAUCCUACUGCGAGGAGUGCCUGAAAGCUACUCACCCCAACAAGAAGCCUUUCACUGGCCACCGUCUCAUCGAGCCCAUCCCAGACUCUCACAUCAGGGGAUUAAUGUGCUUGGAGCAUGAGGACGAGAAAGUUAACAUGUACUGUGUGACUGAUGACCAGUUAAUCUGUGCCUUGUGUAAACUGGUUGGGCGACACCGUGACCAUCAGGUGGCAGCUUUAAGUGAGCGCUAUGACAAGCUAAAGCAAAAUUUGGAAAGUAACCUCACCAACCUUAUUAAGAGGAAUACUGAACUGGAAACUCUUUUGGCGAAACUUAUUCAGACCUGUCAACAUGUAGAAGUAAAUGCAUCCCGCCAAGAAACCAAGUUGAUGGAAGAAUGUGACCAGCUCAUUGAAAUAAUUCAGCAAAGACGACAAAUAAUUGGAACCAAAAUCAAGGAAGGAAAGGUGGUGAGGUUGAGAAAACUGGCUCAGCAGAUUGCGAACUGCAAACAGUGCAUUGAGCGCUCAACAUCCCUCAUCUCUCAGGCUGAACAGUCGCUGAAGGAGAACGAUCACGCUCGCUUCCUACAGACUGCUAAAAAUAUAACUGAAAGGGUUUCUAUGGCAACUGCGUCCUCCCAGGUUCUAAUUCCUGAAAUUAAUCUCAAUGAUACUUUCGAUACUUUCGCACUUGACUUUACCCGGGAGAAGAAAUUGUUGGAAUGCCUUGACUAUCUUACAGCUCCCAACCCACCCACCAUUCGAGAAGAGCUCUGUACAGCUUCUUAUGAUACCAUUACUGUCCACUGGACAUCGGAUGAUGAGUUCAGUGUGGUCUCUUAUGAGCUGCAGUACACCAUCUUCACCGGACAAGCUAAUGUUGUUAGUUUAUGCAACUCAGCCGACAGCUGGAUGAUUGUUCCCAAUAUCAAACAAAACCACUACACAGUGCACGGGUUACAGAGUGGCACUAAGUACAUCUUCGUUGUUAAGGCUAUUAAUCAGGCCGGCAGCAGAAGCAGCGAACCUGGCAAGCUCAAAACAAACAGUCAGCCGUUUAAACUGGACCCCAAAUCUGCUCAUAGAAAAUUGAAAGUGUCUCAUGAUAAUUUGACAGUGGAACGUGAUGAGACAUCUUCCAAGAAGAGUCACACACCAGAGCGAUUCACAAGCCAAGGGAGCUAUGGAGUAGCUGGCAACGUGUUCAUUGACAGCGGGCGACAUUACUGGGAAGUGGUUAUAAGUGGGAGUACAUGGUAUGCCAUUGGUAUUUCUUAUAAAUCAGCACCGAAGCAUGAGUGGAUCGGGAAGAAUUCUGCCUCCUGGGUGCUUUGUCGCUGUAAUAACACAUGGGUGGUACGGCACAACAGCAAAGAAAUCCCCAUAGAGCCUGCACCUCACCUCCGACGGGUUGGGAUUUUGCUGGACUAUGACAAUGGUUCCCUUGCUUUUUAUGAUGCUUUGAACUCCCUACAUCUUUACACUUUUGAUAUUACAUUUGGACAGCCGGUGUGCCCCACGUUCACUGUGUGGAAUAAGUGUUUGACCAUUAUAACUGGCUUACCUAUCCCUGACCACCUAGACUCCUCUGAGCAGCUCGCAUGACUUCAGAAAGCCAAAAGGUAGGACAACGCAUCUUCCCAGGACAGCCAGACUGUUGCCCACAGGAGCUUGCCUGGAGCUGGCAGACAAGCAUCCUGGCUAUUGCUGCCAAAUCUGGCCAGAACUGAAAAAGAGAGAAUAUCUCUUUACAGUGUGCUUUGUACGGAAGGAGAAGUGGCUUUAAUAAUAUCUUAGAACUUUCUUUUGCAGUUGGUUUUGUUUGGUUGGUUUUGUAUUUAGUCUCUUACAGGAAGAUUUAUAAAUUAUUUAUAAAAACAAAAAAAAAAAAUUAAAAGAGAGAAGGGAAAGCCUGAUUUGGACACCUGGAACCUGACUUCUUUGUUUUGCACAUUGAUGGUCCUAUUAAUUAAAGUUUCAUCAGCCCAUAACAUCAUUUUAUUUUACAGUGGAUAAAAGGAGGAAAUUGGAAAGAUGAAAACUGUGCAGUGGACAAGUUGGUGAACAGCAGGUUUUAUUCAUACCAGUAUUAGAGCACUCAUUACCAAUCUUAUUGAGUACCAGAUCUCUUGAUUUCUACCCUGCACAAGAGAAUGUGCAGACUAGAAAGGUCAAAAAUAAACAAAUGAAGAAGUGGAGUUCACCAACACAGCAGAAGAAGAAAUUUUGAUUUAUUUCUUUUCGCAGAGGAGUGCUCUCUCUGUUCAUAGAAAACAUAUGGAUUAUCUCCUAGAAAUAUGAGGGCACAAAUCAUCUGGUUAUUUAUUUUAUUGAUGGCAGCAUUCCCAUCUACCAGUGCUCCACCUUCAUCAUUGAGAUACAUUGUAGAAACACUGAGGAUGUGAAAGACUGAUACCAUCUCUGAAAAUCAGCAACACUAGAGAAGAGCAGCCAAUCUGAGAUCUGACUGUAGACUAAUUUGAUAAAGCACAGCUUCAUUUAAGAAUUGAUUAUAAUAGAAGAUGUCACGGUUCUGGUGGUAGACAUGUGAAUGGUUAUUGCUGAUUUUACAAGGAUCAACUUAGCAAACACAGACAACAACUCGGAAGUGAGACAUGUGCCACUUUACCAUUGAUUUUCAAUUAACUACAAAUGUUUCAUUGUCGUAUACUAUGUAGUCUGUCUAACAAAGUAAGGAAAUCUGUUUUACAUGUGCUGUAUGGAGAAACACUGCAGCUGGGGUUUGCUCAUGGUUAUCAUUGUCCUGGGUUGUUUGGGAAAGCACAGUUCUCUGUGAAUGAGGAGUACGUAAGUUUUCAGCAGAAGCAGCAAUCUGCACCGGCAGGCCCUACUUUUAUCCUGGUGUUGGUGGAUGAACUUCAGUGAAGGCAAUAGAGGUUGUACCUACUUUAUCUCAACACUGAAUCAUGUGCAUUUUUUUUCUCUUUUCUUUCUACAGAACAGAAGCCCUUUGUAAUUAUUACAAUACUUGUGUAUAAAUGAUCAUUUGGGGAGAUGCUUGAGGCCUAUGACAACUUUAAAAGAAUGGGUUUCCUACAGUGUUUUGUUGUUACCAUGCAGAUGGUGACAAUCUACCUGUGUAGAAGAGGAUAAAUUGAAUAUCAGUUCUAAGAAAAGAUAUGGUCAGUAAUUUAUAACCAUGCUUUAGGUGUCUUUUGAAAAGGAUGCCUUAAUAUACUUUGUUCGCUAAUGCAUACAAGGUAAAAUGUUCCCAAGCUCAGCUUCAUUUUUUUCAUAUACCCGUUCUCCAGGUACCAAGCUGUACCAAGCUGUUUGCCUUAUGAUGAUAUCAAAAACACACGCAAGAUGAGAAAUACCUACUUGCCUAUUGGGUUUUUUAAUCUUUUCCUAAUAGAAAACUUAUGCCUAUGUAUGUUCUUUGAUUUCCCUCUAUAUGCCCUGCUAAUUGCUGAAUUAAAUGGAGGAAAGUCUGAUAGUACAUUGCUGGUACCAUGGCUUUCAGCUUGGGCAGCAUCCCAUGGUUCACAGGUAGGAGCUGCUGAUCUUCCUGGAGAUGACAUAAAUAAGGGAAAAUGUGUACAUACAGUGAGCUGCAGUGUUUAUCAUAGUGUCUUUGAUGAUACAGAAAUAUAUGCUCUCAAAAAUUAAAAGCGAAUAAAUCCCCAAACAUUACAUUUUCUAAUUGAGCACCAAUGCAGUCUGAUGUCCAUUGCCCAUAUAACCUGGCCUGGGAUGUUUGGAAGGUAGCUGAAAUGGCAUGAAAAUUAUUAUGCUGAAUUUGCAGGAGAUGACUAAUACAAAGCAGUGAUAAAAAGAUACAGGAGGAUGUAGGAUUCAAAUAUAGGAUUAUUGCCAAGUUUCUGCCUAAAAUGAGAGGGUGUAUUACCAAAGUACACAUAGCAAGUCUGUGUAUCUUUUCUUUUCCAGAAAUAUUAAAUCUAGAACCUAAUUUCAUUAGUGGACGAACUAAAACACUAUUCAGUGUUUGGCCGUACAAAGUUGGCAGAGAUUGAGCUGGAUGAAAGUAAUAUUAUGGAUUUGGAAAGAUCCCAAAUGAUCUCACGUAUUUUCACUGUAAAGAUAGACUGAGUCUAAAGACAGAUCAUGGUUUUGGCAAAUGGAAAAAGAAUGGUCUGUUAACUAUAGGCCUUGCUGUAUCAUUUUCAUAUUAACGCAGAUUACUUCAUUUGAAGCUAAGCUGCAUUUCAUCAGCGGACUAUUAGUUCAGUCAGUACUCUUUGUGCAGAUAUGUUUGUGUAUAUAUGUAUACAUAUGUAUGGGUAUGCACAGACCAAUACAUUGAAAAAUACAGUGUGAAAUUUGUGUAUAUGCAUACAUAUUUAUAUGCAAACACAGACUGACAGUUAUUAGUCAGGUGUUCCUUUUUGCCUGUUUUGUGAAAAAUUUCGUAUUCUGUAUGACCAUGAGGAAGCAAGUUUGCUAUGAGUGAUAUUCUUAUGGACUUUUUUUAAUGAACAAAAUCUGUUUAUUUUACAAUACUUGAUUCAAUGCCUGAUUAAUCAAUAAAAACAUCAAUUUGAAAAUGUAGCUUCUGUGGUCUGUGGCAUUUUGCAUGGUCCAUAGUAAUCAAUUGAAAUCGGGGGGAAAGGAAGUCCGCGUGUAAAAAUAAAGCAUGGUACUUCGAUGUAGCGUGCAGUCUUAGAUGAGGGGUUUUCCCUGGUUUUUGAAAGUUUUGUGACUAGGAACGAGGUAGUGUUGUAUAAUGCCAUGUUUAACAAAGGCAGAUUAUUGAGGAAUAGUCUGCUUAUAUGCAAGCAAUGAAUGUAGUAGGUAAAGCAUGUGUUGGUAUAAUGAUUGUUUCAAAGGUGUAUUUAAAACCCAAGUUGUGAUUCAGCAGAGUUGGAGCAAACUCGGAAGCUCUUUAGAAGACAGUAGCAUUGGCUCAGAGUAGUCAAAGAUCUUGUCUAGCUUGAGGUAGUGGAAUGGUGGGGGACUUUUUCUCUCUGAGACCAGGUAAGAUUUUCCGUGUGUUAGACUCCCAUGUGCUAAUGCAUAUCUGGUGGGGGAAAAAAAAAUCAAGAAGGGGCUGUAUAUCAUGAAUUAUUUAUUAGACUGUCUCCAGCCCACGUAGUUGCCCUUUGCUGCAUUUUCUGCCUAGAGUUUAUUCUUUGUUUUAGGUAUCACAUUUCUCAAUCACUCAGUGAAGAGACCCCUACUGAGCAGCUGCUCCCAAGGGUGGGAAGCGUAAAAAUCCCUCAGGUGUGGGUACACUGUGAAAAGCUGAAUAUCUGCAAGUACAGGUGAAAACAUAUGCACUUUCUUCAUUGUAUUAGCAAUAGUAGAUCACUAAACAGCAGUGUGCAUGAUCUGUUUUAAUCCUGUGACUUAACUGCAAAGACUGCUAUUUUGAUGCUAAAAAAUGCAACAGGACACUAUUGACAGCACAAAUUAAAGUAUCAACUAAUUUAACCAUUUCAUUUUGAGAUAGUCAGCAGUUAUAGCAAUAUGAAGAGCUAUUUGAUCUGGGAGAUUUCAUUAAACAAUUAAUUGGCAUCCAACACAGUAUUUCUUUUUUAUUUAUUCUGAUAAGGCAGAUGCCUAGUAGUUUACACAUUCUGCUUUUAGUUAUAACAGCACGAAUUCCAGAUAAGUUCAUGUGCCAAAACAAAAUGAGAACUGCUAUUGACUCUUACCUGCGUCACCAAAACCGAGGCUAUUUGUUUUAAUUAGAAGCAGUGUCUAAAUUUCUGCUUUAGGAGUGAAGAAGUGUUAGAUCCACAUAGGAAGUACACACUGGGCCAUCUCAGUAACGGGCCUGAAGGCCAUCGUUAGGGCAGCUUUGGGAAGACAGUGAUAAAGAAAAAAUGUGCACAGGUGUCUACAUAUUUUAGAGCGAUGCACUGGCAAUUUUCUUGUAACACCAUCUGUAAUGUCUUUUCACUUACUGAUCUUUCAAGUAGUGAGUAGUAGACAUGUAUUAAGAUUUAGGAAUGUAAAAUGUGGUGUUUUCCUGUGUUAUUAGGUUGGUUGCUUAUUUAGAAAUUAGCAUAGUGUUCUGAACUUCGGCCUUAAUUUUUAUCUUCUCCACAUAGAGGAAAAGCCCUUGUCACUCCCAAGUGCUGAUGGUGAGUGUUCUAGAUUAUGCUGAGUUAUUUGUUUUUAUUGCACUUUCUGAAGUAAAAGAAACUCUCUUUACAUUUAAAACUUUGAUUUUCAUAUUAAAAAAAAAAAAGACUGAAAAGAAAUUAUGUUAACAAUGCUUUGGUGUGGAUGGUACUCUUGGUUUGGACUGUAAAGCUUAAGGUAUCUGUAUACAUUAAUCUCUGUGCCAGGAUAGACUUAUUUGUCAUUCAUGUGGGAGUUGAGCAGUACAGGUGCAAGUGUUUUCUUCCAAGGUAGGCUUUUUGCAUUAAUUUUGCUCUUGGGGUGGAAUAUUCUGUUUCUUUUUUUUUUUUUUUUUUAACUGAUUUUCUGAUUCAAGUGCAGACCGUGUUUGUAAGACUGCAAGUAAUAUAAUCGUUUGUCACCAUACUUAUUUUAGCAAGCCCUACCAUGUCACAUGCUUCUGGCAGGUCACUGAGCACAUCGACUGCAGCUAUAACCUUUGCAACAUCACCUCCAAUAUGUGGACUGAUGUUUAAGCUAUUGACCAAGUAAAUAAAUUUCCCAGGUCAGAUUCAUUUUGCUUUGAGUAAGGAAUGCUAGUGCAAAUGGUGGGACCAGUUUAAGGUGAGAGGCUUAUGUAUUUCACGAAGAUGAAAAGAUGUGGGAUUAAAUACUAUCAGUGUUGAGGCAGUUAUGGUUGGAAGCAUGACAAUGUAUUUGAUCUUCUAUUACAACGUGUUCAAUGGUACUGUUAUUACUGCUGCCUGAGAGAGGGAUAGAGGUAGCAAAAGAGGGAGUUCUGGAGCACUGCUGAGAGAGAUCACUCAGAGUGACGGGACAGGUGGAAACCUGCCACCGCUACUUGCUCUGGCACCAUGCUGCAGUUCUGCUAAGCAAGUCUGCGCCUAUUCUUCAUUUUGUUACAGCUCAGCCCCAAUCCACAUUCCCAAAUGACAGGGAAAAAAUAUUGCUAUUAUGUAUUUGAAAUCCUAACCCAAAUAAAAGCCCCGGGCCUUGAUUCUCUUUUAUUUGCCGACAAUUUUUUUUCAUCUGUUGACUUUAAAGGAGAUAGUCCUGAUUUACACAGGGGUAGUAGGUACAAGCCCAUGAAUGUUCAGUUUCCAAAGGGUCAAACCCAAGUGAAGCAGGAUCCCCUGUGCGAACAGCUCAGCAUUCCUACUAAAUUAUGUCUUUGGAAAAAGCACGUUAGCUGCUAGCAAAACUGCAGUUUCCCAUGAGCUGUUUCCCAAGUCCAGCACAGGUGUGUUUUGAAAUGUAUGGUUCUUUUAAAAUGUAUGGGUCAAUAACAUUCUUCUUGGGUGAAUUGUUCAGGCAAUGCUUUGCCAUUUCCUCCAAGAGGGUGGGAACAAUUCUCUUAGCAGGUGCUGUGUUACUUUUACAAAAAUCGUGAGAAUGGCAAAUGCAUAAGUUAUGAUAUAAUGCUGCAACAUAAGACUAUUGUUCCUGAACUUCCAUUUAAAGUGGAUAAUAACUAAAUAAAUUUAGAAGUCCACUUCCUCGAGUUGCUUAUCUUAAUUUAUAUAAUUAUUUGAUUGUAUAGAGGUGUUUCCUUUCAAGGAAUAUCACCACAUUUCUUUUUAGUUCACAGAGACUCAUAGUAAUUAGGAUUAUUCCUGAAAAUCCAUAAAUUCAAGGAAUAGCUUAUAAUCAAGCCUUUGACAGACAGAAAAUGGAGGCUUUGUGUUUUGCAUCGCGUUAGUCAUUGAACAGAGAGAAAAAAAGCUAUAGUGGUUUAGAUCACCAAAACAUUUAAAAGAUGACCGACAGCAGCUGUGCAAUAAGAUGGGAAAGUUUUCAUGAGCCAUUUUUUACUUCUCCCUCAUUUUUAUUUUAUAUGGUGAACAAACUAGUCGACUUGAAAAUAUUUCUCUGUUUAUUCUUCCAUUUUUUCACUUUUUUCUUCUUUCAGUCUCAUUUUCAGCUUUCAGUCUCAUUUUCACAUUUUAAAUAUUAGAGUUGCAAGAGGUGUGUGUUUUAAAAAGUGGGAUUUAUCUUUUAUUUUCUGGAAAAUCACCUUUUGCAGGAGGCUUACAGAAAAUGAAAUGAGAAGUCAAAAUACUAAUGCAAUAUGGCAACUUGAAAGUUGAGAAUAUUUUUUAAUUAGAAGCUAAAGAAGGAAUGCAGGUAACCCUGUCACUCUUCUACAAUUACUGAAUUAUUUUAUUUCAUUAUUCUGAGCUUAAUAGUAUUGCUUUCUAAUUAAAACAGGGUCAUGAGACCUGAUUAAGGAGCACAAUCAGAGGAAUAGUAGACUAUUUUAGGAUAAACCUGGAACGAGUUCACUUUAAUAGUGAUCUGUAUAUUCAGCCUCAUUAAUAUCAGCUCAGGUUUUUGAUUUGUUUGGGGUUGGGGUUUUUUUUUCAUUUUUAAAUAUUGUAUGCCCUCUCCAGAAGGAGCACUGAGCCUACAAGUAUGUGUCUCUUUUGGGAAGUAUACGGUCUGAUUCCUUUUGGAACUGGGAAAAAGUCCUUCCUGUGGCAGGUGUGAAGGUGCUGCUAGCACAGUGAGGACAUGUCCUACUGCCAGGGGACAAUUUGAUCUGUAUUUCUGUCAUCUUGUCUGUACCAGUAGUAGUGAUGGACAAAUUGAGGAUGAAAAAAAGUUCAGCUUACAUCUGCAUAUUCAUUGCACAUCCAUUAAAGUUGAAAUUGAAAAUGUUUGGGUUUUCUUUAGCCGUUAGGUUUUGUCAAACUGUCUUGAAAAUAAACCUUGCUGCUAUAAUGUCAGUAGUUUAUGGCAGAAGGUAGAGGUGAGGAACAACGCAGGACCUAGAGAGCAAGUACAGGUGCAGGCUGAGUUCAGAAUAGCAGAACACUGCUCAUAAACAUAGUUUACAUCAAUUCUAAUUGGAAUUAUUCAUGUAGGUGUAAAGAGAGAAAGACAACUGAAUUCAGCCUUGCCAUGUGCAUAAAUAAUGGUCUGUACAAAGUAGCACAGGGGCUGAAACAAUUGCUAACCAGGGCUUUUUCCUGUAAAAUUAAUAAUUGCUAUUGUUUCUCUUCUAACAGGUAGGUCGUAACAUUCCUACAUUGCAUAUAUUUCAUCAAACAGGAGGUAUUAUUCAGAAAGUGCUGCAGAUUAUGCUGUGAAUUCUUACAAAUGCAAGACGAAUUGAGGACAUUAGGAUAAAUCUUUGAAUGAUAUACACAAAAAGAACAACAUUAAAAACGUUGUUUGUUUCACAAUCAAUAAUUCAAACGUCUGUAUCCAAAUCAUCCAUUCUUAUUAGAAUCCUCAUGCUGCCUUCCUCCAUCCCUCCAUGGAGAGGAUGAAACAGGAACAAUUUGUCUUCUUGUUCCUAUGAAGUCAGCACUCCAUAUUAGUGUUAUUUGGAAAUCUCUCAGGAUGAAUAAAUUUAUUUGGAACAAGUACACAUUUCCCACCAGUCAUGGAGCCUGAAUAAGCCAUUAGUGAGUUUCAAGGAUACAUCACCAUUAAGUUAUGAAUGCUUUCAUGUAUUUUUAACUCUACAAGAAGAAACACGUAGCAUUAAAAAAAUCGCCAAAUUUUAUACAGAUGUGGGAAUAGAUAUCUUUUUGUUUCCAACUACAAAGCUGUUAUUUGGUACGGGGACAGGAAAAUAUCUUUAUGGACUUGGUGUAAAACACCUGCACUUGUGCUGGUUCUCAUGCACGCAGAAGUGCUGUAGCCCUAGGUCCUGACAACCUUUUACUUAUCUGGGGAAUUCAAAAUCUCGGCAAAUCAUGCUUAGGGAUGGGCUGGUGCAGAUGUCUACAUCUUCCCUCAAAAGAUUUCUUUCUGGCACAGCUUUUUCUGCCAGUGAGAUCAUAAGCUGGAACUUGUCUCCACAUCUCGUGUGGCAGCAGAAUUCUGCUAUGAAGCUUUAAGCAGGCUUCUCUGACUAAUGAAACUGACCCUGUAGAAGGAGAGGUUUAACUAGCUUCACUAGCAAGAUUCAUAUGUUUCUUCAGUAGCUUCCUCAGCUUUUGCUCAUAGUUAGGAAAUACAAAGGAAAUCUGCUGCAAGACAGGGUGUGAAGAACAUACGUCUCCUAAAGACAUGUCCAAAAGAAUCAAAGAGUAAAUUUUAAGUGACAUCCAUCCUCAUAGGAAGUUCUGCAUAAGAAGGCUGGGAUACAUUUUUCCAUGUUUCCAUGAGGGCAUGGAAAGCUACCUCCUAUGUGCCUGAGGUGCUGAGAGGCAUGGUUUAGGGAGUGUUAGGAAUGGUUGGACUCGAUGACUCAGUGGGUCCCUUCCAACCUAGUGAUUCUAUGAUUCUAGUUUGGUAGUGCUUGUAGGGCAGACAGGCCUCACAGUUAAUUCUGAGAAGUGGAAAAUCAUUAUCCUGUGCUUUUCUCCCCAGUCUCCUAAAAGUUUGACAAAUGGGAAGAAAAAAAUCUCAAAUUCCACUGCAUGAAGGCUCAUAGCACUGGUCAUUAUUGUCAAAACAAAGACAAUGCAAGAAGAGGCAACCAAACCUCUGUGUGCAAAAUUGUUAUUUGUUACAACUGACAUACCUGAUAUAUUUUUAAUCAGAUUAAUAAUAGUAACAGAAAAAAAGGGGAUGAUUUAUCGUUACUGGAACUCUGAUAAUGAAAGGCAGAGGCAGAAGUUGAAGACAGAAUUAAAAUAAAAGGGGAAUGCACCUAGGAAGGUAAAACCAUAAAAGGUUGCUACCAGAGUGCAAUGAGUCUGGUAGAAGACUGGACUGCAAAAUUCAUGUCUGCCAUAGUCAAGAUAUUCAGUAACACAGGAUCAGAGGUACGAUCAUCAGAAAGGAAAGCCAAGAGGAAGCCUAGGUAAGAAGAUGAGAUGCAUAUGUUGUUUAUUUCAUCUAGUAAUUGAUGGCUGAAGGGAGAUAGGGUAGGUUUGUCUGUAAACAUAUCAUAGAAUCACAGAAUCAUAGGAUGCUUUGGAUCAGAAGGGACCUUAAAGCUCAUCUAGUCCAUGGGCAGAGACACUUUCUGCUAGGUGGAAAGCUAGGCUGCUCAAAGCUCCAUAUAGCAUGGCUUAAACACAUCCAGAGAUGGGACAUCCAUGACUUCUCUGGGCAACGUGUUUCAGUGCCUCACUACUCUGAUUUGGGCAAGCAUCAGGAAAGGAGAAUAACAGUUUAAAGUAAAAGUCAAGAAUAAAUGUAGUCAAUUUGAUUAUAUACAGUUAGCUCUGUAGAAAUCAAGGUUACUUCACAGGACAGCAAGAGGAAAAGAACUUCGCUGUUUCUGUGAAGUUUUGUAGGUGAGAUUAAUCACACUUCAAUCUAAAUGUUCAAAUAUUAGCUGAAAUAUUGUUAUUUUUUUCAAAGCAAAUUAUUUAUUAUAAUGCUUCAGUAAAAUGGCCGUUGAGGCAGUCAGUGAAUGAAAAUGCAUCUAUUUGACUACAGAACAAACUGCCUUGGAGAUUAUAUGUGAUUGUAUGCAUCCUAUUGCUUUGAUCAUGUGCAAAAGUAUUUUGGACCCCAAACAGGGCAGUUUAUCCAAUGCUGCAAAAUGCUAUGUACUAAUAGUUAGCAUUGUUCUAGCAUUAUUCUUAAAGUUUGUUUUAAUAGAUGUCACAGUCAUGUUUCCUCAAUUCAAUACGUAACUACAAUAUUGUAUCAAAGCUAGUGUAGCUAGACAUCUGUUGACAUGGCUGCGUCAUUGAUUACUUACAGUAGGAGGAUUGUAUUGGUAUGGUAGACUGAGUGCAAGUAUUAAACUCACAGUGUCUGUGCCUAAUGGACUUUGUUUAUGGAAUCAAUAGCUCCCCAUCAAAACUCUCUUCUAAUGGAAAAGUAUCCAACAACUGUAAGUUAAAAGGAAUAUAUAAGGGAGACCUGAGAAGUGCGGCUUUUUAACAUAUAAGCCAAAUGCUGAGGUCACAAAUACUUAUUUUACUAUGUAAUUUAUUUGCAUCUCCUGCAAAGGAAGUAGGGCUGAUUCUUUGAAGGAUAACGGAGAGUCCUUUUGAAAUUCAUGGCCAAUUGUUUUGGAUGGCCACUAUCCAGAUAGUCUUAAUGGGGAGAGAAAACUAAUCUGUCGUGGAUGUAAAUAACCCUUUUUCCAGGCUUCUAUCUUAGGCUUGCCUCUCUACGCUGUAUGGGUUACAUUCAGAGGUUUCUUCUCUAUGUCUGUCUAUCUCUAAACAGCAUGAGUAUUUAUCUAAUGAUGCUUUGGUGAGGUAUGAUUCAUCCUUCAGGUUCACAGACUUGCACAGUUUGAAAAAAAACCUUCACAUACAAAGUAUUGUUAACAGCUUGCUCUGUGUAAAAGGGAAGGAAAUAACUCAGGCUGAAGAAAUGUGGAGAUUGUUAAUGCUCUUCGGGCUAAUAGAAAAAUAAUUGUUCAACUAAAAGGUGAGAGUUUCUGCAGGAAGCGCUUUCUUAUGGGAAAAUUAUUAGAGCCCCAGGAAAGAUAACUAAGGAGAACUGGCAGAAAAUCACCCAAACUGGGCAAACAUUUUGGAAAAUGCUUGGCAAAGAGGGACUAAAUAGGGUUCAAGUCACAGUGAAAAGUGGAGUAUGGACAGGAUUGAGAUACUCUGGUUUGCUUUAGAGGGACCAGUCUGAGGAUUUCUGUUUGCAGAGAAGAUGGGAAUAGCUUGCCAAACUCUACUGGCCCAUCCCGCUUAGGGGUCUCAGAGUCAAGCAGCAGAAGAAAAUUAAGGGACUGAAAUACAAGUCAAGAAAGAAGGAACUGGGAACAUUUUCAUUUCCUUUUCUACUCAUUAAAAAGAAAAAAAAAUUGAAACAUCCAAUAGCAGGAAGCAGCAUAUCAGGAAAAACUUUUGUAAAAUGACCGUCUUUCUCCAUACAUUUGUGAUUUGUAACACCAAUGAUUAUUGAAACGGGGACAGCUUUCAAACUGCAACUUAUUUUCACUGAUUGUGCUUAUUACUUUUGUUAAUUUUCACUGUUUGAGCAAAGUGUUCCUUAUUUCUGCUGCCUAAAACUCAGUCAGCCUAUGAUCCUAAUUCAUGUGCAAACGGCUUUACAUCCUUAGUCCUUAGGUGUUUCCCAGUCCAUACAAGCAUGGAAUUAAUCCUGUAUCUUUAUAAACCCUGGGCCUUUCCAAUAACACAGUGGGAAUUUUGAGCCCCCCUUUUCUAGCUUUAGUUGAUCUUACAAAGGUUUUUGGUAAAUGAUAUAACUAGGCAGGUAUGUUGUCCCUGUGAGGCCUCUAGGUUUGGGAGCUUGGUGGGUUGAUGUGAUAGAAGUAGAGCUUGGUGGUUUGAUGUGACAGGAGUAGGACUGAUCUGUCUUACACAGAAACAGGCACUGAUUAAGUGGUUAAAAGUAACAGCAGAUGGUUUUGUGUGGAAUUGCUGGGAUGGAAUGUCUCUGAAGGGUGGUGAGGACGUUUGACGCUGGAUGAUGAGGAAGCUUUGUCAAGGCGUUGGUGAGGUCUCACUAUCAAGGAUGUUAAUGAAAUGUAACUACAGUCACUGUAAUUCAAAAGGAUUUUGACAAAAUCUUUGUAAGGUUAUUUUGCUCUGAAUGGUGUUAAAAUAUGGAAUUCAUGUAAAUGUAAAUGAACUGAUGUUUAGUUACUGGAAUAAGAUACUGCAGAUGUAUUGUGGGACAUAUAUAAAUGAAUGUGUAAUCUAGAUCAUUUGGGUUAUAAAAGAUGGUGCUUUGACCAUCUGUUGGUGACUUUCUUUUACCAGGCUAAGGAAAUUCUGGAUAUGAAAAGAAGUAACAAUUUAUUAGGAAGUUUUGGAUUCUAUG